GGGGGUCCCGGGCGAUGGCGGAGGGCGGCUGAAAACGGGGGGGGGGCUGCGGGAACCGGGGGGAACGGCGAGGCCGGGACCCCCCGCACCGGCACCGGCACCGGCACCGGGAGCGGCACCGGCACCGGCACCGGGAGCGGCACCGGCGCCAUGGACGAUUCGGGCGUGAUCCGGCGGCGGCGGCUGCAGAAGGAGCUGCCGCUGCCGCGGAAGAGCAGCAGCUGCCGCAGCCGGAAGAGCCUGAUCCUGAGCAGCACCUCCCCCACCCUGCCGCGCCCGCACUCGCCGCUGCCCGGGCACCUCGGUGGCAGCCCCCAGGACAGCCCCCGCACCUUCUCCCCGAGCGGCGCCGCGCACUUCGCCUUCGGAGCCGCGCGACGGCCGGACGGGCGCCGCUGGUCUCUGGCCUCGCUGCCGUCCUCGGGCUAUGGCACCAACACCCCCAGCCCCACCGUGUCGUCCUCGUGCUCGUCGCAGGAGCGGCUGCACCAGCUGCCCGCGGCGCCCACGGCCGAGGAGCUGCGGUUCCUGUCCCGCCACUUCGCCAGCUCCGAGAGCCUGGCCGAGGAGGAGGGGGCGGCCCGGGGGGGCGCGGCCGCCCCCCCGACCCCCCGCUCCCGCAGCCCCGGGCGCUCGCCCUCGUCCCACGACAACGAGAUCGUGAUGAUGAACCACGUGUACAAGGAGAGGUUCCCCAAGGCCUCGGCGCAGAUGCAGGAGCGGCUGGAGGAGUUCGCGGGGCUGCGGCCCCCGGCGGGACCCCCGCUGGCCGACGGCGCGCUCAGCUUCAUCCAGCACCAGCUGGCCGAGCUGGCCCGGGACUGCCUGAGCACGGCCCGGCACGGCCGCGUCACCGCCGGCUACUUCUGCGAGCUGCAGGAGAGCAUGGAGCGCCUGCUGCAGGACGCCUACGAGCGCUCCGAGUCGGAGGAGGUGGCCUUCAUCACCCAGCUGGUGAAGCGGCUCCUCAUCAUCAUCUCCCGCCCCGCGCGCCUGCUGGAGUGCCUGGAGUUCGACCCCGCGGGUCUGUCCCAGCUCCUGGGGGGCCCCGGGGGCCGGGCCGAGGGACCCCUGCGAGCCGACACCCCCCGGUACCUGCUGGGGCAGCUGGGGCGGCAGCGCGGGGGCGCGCACCAGCACCUGUCCCCCGUGUCACCUGUCCCCCCCCGUCCCCUGCCCCAGGGCCGCGCCGCCGCCCCCAGGCCCAAGGAGCCGCCAGGUGAGAGCGACUUCGAGACCAUCAAACUCAUCAGCAACGGCGCCUACGGGGCGGUGUACCUGGUGCGGCACACGGCCACGCGGCAGCGCUUCGCCAUGAAGAAGAUCAACAAGCAGAACCUGCUGCUGCGGAACCAGGUGCAGCAGGCGUUCGUGGAGCGCGACAUCCUCACCUUCGCCGAGAACCCCUUCGUGGUCAGCAUGUUCUGCUCCUUCCAGACCCGCCGCCACCUCUGCAUGGUCAUGGAGUACGUGGAAGGCGGGGACUGUGCCACGCUGCUCAAGCACAUCGGGGCGCUGCCCCUGGAGCUGGCCCGGCUCUACUUUGCCGAGACGGUUCUGGCUCUGGAGUACCUGCACACCUACGGCAUCGUGCACCGCGACCUCAAACCCGACAAGUGAGCACUGCUCUCCCUGGGCCACGUGAAGCUGACGGAUUUCGGGCUCUCCAAGCUGGGGCUGAUGAGCCUGACCACCAACCUGUACGAGGGGCACAUGGAGAAGGACGCGGCGCGAGUUCCGCGACAAGCAGUGUGCGGCACGCCCGAGUACAUCGCGCCCGAGGUGAUCCUGCGCCAGGGCUACGGCAAGCCCGUGGACUGGUGGGCCAUGGGCAUCGUGCUCUACGAGUUCCUGGUGGGCUGCGUUCCCUUCUUCGGGGACACGCCCGAGGAGCUCUUCGGGCAGGUGAUCUCAGACGAGAUCCUGUGGCCGGAGGGGGACGAGGCUCUGCCCGCGGACGCUCAGCACCUCAUCUCCCGCCUGCUGCAGCCGGACCCGCUGCGGCGCCUGGGGGCAGGGGGCGCGCAGGAGGUGAAGGCCCACGGCUUCUUCGCCGCGCUGGACUGGACGGGGCUGCUGCGGCAGAAAGCCGAGUUCGUGCCGCACCUGGAGUCCGAGGAGGACACCAGCUACUUCGACACCCGCUCGGACCGCUACCCCCACGUGGCGUCCUACGAGGACGAGGACACGACCGAGGACGAGCCCGUGGAGAUCCGGCAGUUCUCGUCCUGCUCGCCGCGCUUCAGCAAGGUGUACAGCAGCCUGGAGCAGCUCUCGCAGGAGCCGAAGCCCAAGGGGCGGCCCCGGGACGAGGCGAGACGCGACGGGCUGGGCCGGGAGCGCGGCUGGAGAACCGGAUCACCGGAGCUGAAGCACCGCUCGGCGGGCGGGGGCCGCCCCCCGAGGGCGAGGGCAGCCCCCCGCCCGGCGCCCGCCGCCGCUUCUCGGCGCUGCUGGAGCCGCGCCCCGCGGGCGCCGCCGAGGAGCGGCCGUGCCCCCGCAACGGCGGCCCGCGACGGAGCCCCGGACGGGGCCGCCGAGGAGCCGGGGCCGCCCCCCGCCCGCUCGGAGCUGCGGCGGCCGCGGCACCCGGGGGUCGCCCCCGCCGAGCCCGGCGGCGACAAACGCAGCGCCCGCGGCCCCGGGAAGGUCACCAAGUCCGCGUCCGCCACCGCGCUGUCCGUCAUCAUCCCCAGCGGGGAGGCGCCCGGCUCGUCCCCCCUGGGCAGCCCGAUGUCGCCGCGCUCGCUGUCCUCGGACCCCUCGUCGCGGGACUCGUCGCCGGGCCGGGAGCUCGCCCCCGCCGUGGCGGCGCCGCCGCGCUCGCCCAUCGCCAUCCCCCGGCCCGGCAAGAAGUUCGGCUUCACCCUGCGCGCCAUCCGCGUCUACCUGGGCGACAGCGACCUGUACAGCGUGCAGCACGUCGUCUGGCACGUGGAGGAGGGCGGCCCCGCGCAGGAGGCCGGGCUGUGCGCCGGGGACCUGAUCACGCACGUGAACGGCGAGCCGGUGCACGGGCUGGUGCACACCGAGGUGGUGGAGCUCAUCCUCAAGAGCGGGACCAAGGUGCUGGUGACAACGACGCCGCUGGAGAACACCUCGAUCCGCCUGGGCCCCGCGCGGCGCCGCAGCGCCCGCGCCAAGAUGGCCCGCAGGAACCGCCGGGGAGGCACCGGCAGCGGCCACGAGAGGCGGCGCAGCGCGCUGUUCCGGCACCUGGCGCGCCAGGCCUCGCUGCUGCACACGAGCCGCUCGCUGACGUCACUGAGCCGCUCGCUCUCCUCCUCCGACUCGCUGCCCGCCUCCCCCACGCACGCGCGGGCGCGCGACCCCGGCGCCUCCCCGCCCAGCAGCUCUCCGGGCUCCAGCGCUCCGCCGUCGCCGGCGGGGCCGCACCUGCGGCCGAGCUCGCUGCAGGGGCUGUCGCCGAAGCUGCAGCGGCAGUACCGGGCGGCGCGGUGCCGCUCGGCGGGCAGCAUCCCGCUCUCGCCGCUGGCGCACACGCCGUCGCCGCCCGCCGCCUCGCCGCCCGCCUUCCCCGCCAAGCUGCACGCCAAGGCGGCCGAGUCGCCGCGCCUCGCCCGCCGCGGGCUCCCGGACAAGGCGGCGGCGGCGGCGCCGGUGCCGCCGCGCAAGGCGGGGCUGGAGCCGGCCCGCAAGGACUUCCCGGCCGAGCCGCCGCUGCAGAGCCUGGCCGAGUGGGACGGCGAGGGCCCGGCCGAGCCGCCCGCCGGCGCCGCCCGCCCGCCGCCGGGGCCGCGCCGAGCCGCCGGGGCCGGAGCCGGCGGGGCCGGGGGCGGAGGAGGCGGAGCGGGGGGCGCGGGGGCCCCCCCAAGGCGCUGAGCCCGGUGCAGGAGCACGGCGUGCCCAUCGUGGUGGUGGGGCCGGGGGCGGCCCCCGGGGACCCCCGCGGGGCGCCCCCCGCCCGCUGAGCGAGCUCGGGUCGGAAACUGGGGAGGGGGCGGCCCCCGGGGACCCCCCGCCCGUUGAUCCCCCCCCGGUUGUAAAUAGGGGGAGGGGGCACGCCGCGACCUCCGGGGACCCCCGCGGGGGCCCCCCCCGCGCGCCGAGCGAGCCCCGGUUGUAAAUUUGGGGAGGGGGCGACCCCGCGGACCCCCCCGGCCGUUGAUCUCCUCUCGAGCCCCGGUUGUAAAUAAGGGGAGGGGGCACCCCGCGACCCCCCCCGACCCCACCCCACCCCCCCCAAGGCAUGCGGGGGUCGCGCCCCCCCCGGCCCCGAAGGGUUAAUACUGUGACAACGCCCCCCCCCCCUCCGUGUGACGUCACCGACCCGGCGCCACCCCCCGGUGUGAUGUCACGGACCCGGACACGCCCCCCUCUUUCCCGCCCCCCCCCCCCCCCCGGUCUCCCGUUUGCCCCCGGUUUUGGCUCCCGGUGUUGACGUCAGAGCGGUGAUGACGUCACAGCAGCCAUGUCGCGGGAGGGGCAGGGGCGCUGCUCUGAUGUCACUGGGGGACGGGGGUCGUGACGUCACGGCCGUGACGUCACAGCCGCGGGAGGGGCGGGGGGGAGGCUGUGCCCGGUGACAUCACACCCAGCCAAACCGAGCCGGUGACGUCACCACCCCCCGUGACAUCAUCGCGCGCCCCCUCCCCCCCCCCGUUCUCGCUAUGCAAACGCCCCCCGGGCGGGGGGGGCCGGGGGGGCCCCGGGGACCAAUAAAGGCUGCAGAGCACCGA